AUGGAGCUCGCCUUGCUCUUCUUCCUGUCUGCACUCGCCGUCACCCUCAUCGACUGGAUCGGCUCGGACGCCCUCGCUUCUCUCUUCUACACCCCGUUCGCCCCCGCCGGCACCUCGACCCGCGCCAAAAAGGCCGAGAUCCUCCAGCUGCGCGCCGACCUCGCCGCGACCUCGUCCCAGGACGAGUUCAGCAAGUGGGCCCGCAUCCGCCGCAAGCUCGACAAGGCCGUCCAGGACCUCGAGGCCACGACGGCCGACACGAGCCAGCACCGCAAGCAGUUCAACAAGCAGUUCAAGAGCGCCCUGUGGGUCGUCACGACCGUCGCCCCCUUUGUCGUGUCGAGCUACCACCGCAAGAGCCCCGUCUUCUGGCUCCCGACCGGCUGGUUCGGCCCGCUCGGGUGGUGGUUGAGCUUCCCGAGCGCCCCUGCAGGUGCCAUCGCCGUGUCGGUGUGGACCAUGGCGUGCCGGCGCACGCUGUCGUCGGUCAAGACGGCCGUCGUCGCGCUCGUGCCCUCGCCCGAGGAGCGCACGGCCGAGCAGCUCGCCAAGGCCCAGGGCGUGCCCGCGGAGAAGGAGCGGGUCAAGGUGGGCGUGACGGCCGGCGGCGAGGAGGAGAAGGUUCGGGACGAGCUGUGA